AUACCAGACCCGCCACUGAAGGAGAAUUAAAAAAAUAUGCCUUUCUUAAAUCUCUACUAAACUUAAAACCAGAAAGAACAAAACCACCAGUGAAUGCUGAGUUACGGGUACAAUAUAAAGUUGUUAAGAGUGAUAAUGCAACUUAUACUUAUACGAUCACUAAUCGAGUUACCCCGGAUAGGGAGAAUGAAAAUCAAAAAUAUGUAAUCUCUGGUAUUGUUAAGGAUCUUACUAAUCGAACAGAAACUGACCACGAAUCACGAAUGAUGGGUCAUCUACAUGAAAUCGGCUACUUUCACGAUUCGAGAAGACCAACUAAUGAUGAAAUGCAUAUAGUAAAAUAUAACAAUGACCUUUAUAUUGACUCUAGUAAAAGUGGUAUCAUUUCACUUUUUAAAAAUACCAUCAAAUAUCUUUUUUUAAAUAACAUGGAAACGACUAAAGAACGAGUCAGAAAAUUAUUUCAAUACGCAGAAACAGUGAUUACUAUCAUUGAUGAGAAUCCAAAGGCAACUAUUCAAAAACUUGUUAAGAGUCCAAGUAUUGAAGAUUAUCCACAGGUAGCAAACAUAGUUAAUAAAUCACCAGAUGAAUUGAAUAUUAUGUUAUCAUUAUCUACUUUAUCUGAUCAAGUUAGCAUGGUAAAUCAGAACUUGGUAAAAGAUUUUGGUAAUAACAUGGUUAAAGGUAGUAUCAUUGAGCAACUUGAGCUUAAACUUA